UCAAUGUCAAACAGUCAAAGCCUUUAAAUUCAUGUUUAUAUUGCUGUGCAGAUGGCGCUACAACAAUUGUAAUUUUGAAUUGUAAGACGAUGCCUUGGUGCCGAAGUAUUCGACAUGUGCGUUGCAUUGAUUAUGUUCAAUAGUUUGGCUGGGACCCUAAUCUACCUUUAAAAGCCCGUAAAUCGGGCGUACGUAUAGUCGAGCAAAGCAUAUUGUUAAUCUCUUUCGUUCGCCGCGCGUUCUGCUUUUGUGACACUUAAGCUAUCAAUGCAUACGACCAAUGCGUACCUACCUUGGUUUUACCACUAUGGUUUCGUCUCGUUCGCGCGCUGCCGUGAAACGCCGAGUGCGUCUCGAUGUAGAGGAGAGGGUGGGGGAGACAAACUUUUUUUUUUCUUUUCUGCGUUUCCGUGAGCCCGUUCUCGAAAGCUUUUCCCAAAGACUGAGGUUUUUUCGUGGAUGUAAUUUAUGUCUUGGUCGCAAGGAUGCUGGUGGCCUCGGUACCGCUCAGCAGAGGCUCCAUACGUCGGAACAGCCCCCAUGCUAUCCAGAUUACAAAGCGAGAAGGGGAAAUGGGCCAACAAAAAGAACGGUGUAUGCUGCAAUGUUCUCUGAAAAUGUACCAAUGGUACCGAUGUAAAAUUAUGCAAAAGAUUGAUGAUGGCAAGAGCCAUGUCCAAUACCUGGACUAUGUGGCAACUCUGAGAAAGCAACACAUUAGUCAAGCUUGGUGUGCCUUACUGAGGAGCUUGCCCUCAUCUCUCUGGUCAUUCUUUUGCGGCUUUCAUGGCUUGCAAAGCCUGAAAAGAGACAACCAUCGUGCAUUUUAUGACAAGGUCAUGUUUUGCUGCUUUUAUGGCUGGGAAAGCCUGAAAAAAGAUGAUGAUCCUGCGCUUUAUGACAAGAACUUGAAGUUAGCUGCUCCAGAUCGCUCUUUUGCUUCUUCGAAGUGCUCCAAAUUGGAAAAUUUUGCUGCUGAAAAGUGCACCAAAGUGAAAAUUUCGCUGCUCCAAAAAUUGCUCCAGAUCAGAAGACCUCAGUGGCAUCACUGAGAAUUGAAUUUUUUGUUUCAUGAGAAAGGUGACAAAAGGAGUGUGACCAUGUUUUGCUUCUGAAGUUCAGUGUAGGGGAUCCCACGGUGAUGGCAUUGUUUUUGAAAAGCCCCUCUGCACGUGUUCUAUAUUUGGUAACAGUGCGUGCCGAUCGAGCACCUGCAGACAAGUGCUCCCGUAUCCCUGUGUGUUAGUGUAUUCAUUACCCUGCACUGCCAUCUUGCGUCGAUAUUCUCUUCAGAUUAGCGAAUUACAAUAAUGCAGUUCUGUGUGAUUUCUCGGUGUACAUGUGUGUUCAAUAUGACUUGCAAUGCGGGAGCACGUUCCAAGAAUUCAAAAGGUUGUGCAUGUCUUUAACUUGCUUUUAUUUCAGCAACUAAAUAUUUUCUUAUUUUGGAUCGCACACAAGUGAAAGAAACGCGUUUAGUAAUAGAAAUAAGGGCUAGUGGAACCCAUUUGCAAUCUUUGAACUCGUGAAGCCUCAUGCUCCCACUUUGCAAGUCGCGACUGCACCAGAUGGCAGUACUGUCAAAGGGUUGGGUCAAAUCAGUGCAUGGUGGCUGGUGUAAGUAGUAAAAAAGAAUCGACUCUCUCGAAAGACAUUAUUUGAAAGCUUGCAUCAUACAAAUAUUUGUUACCGCCUGCGUAAUAUCCAGAAUCGUUCUAAACUGGCAACUAGAAGCGUGUACAAAUGUGCGAAUUCUGUAAUGGUUGUGCAACUAAAUGCCGAAGCAUAGUGUUCUGACGACAGCGCCAGGGAACAUCGAUCACCCGACCACAGAGUCAAGCGAAGGGAGAAAAAAAUGCCCAACGUUAUUCCAAGGCCCUCAAUGUUCUUUAUGUACUAGAGUGGGUGCUAGUACAUUGACUUGCGCGUAGAUAUGGAAGUAAUCAUGAUUAGAGUUCAAUAAAAUAAUAAUUUCAAUGU